AUGAUCGCCUACUCUGAAGAAUCCUGUUGCAGAAGCGCAGAAACAUCUAAUUACGGUCCACACGUAGACACGAACAACCAUAAGAUUAAAAGAGAACAUACCAGGUACAAAAUUGUUCUAUAUGAGAAAGGGGUAUUAGCCAAAAGCAAUCGCAAACUCCUCCAGCGUAUUUCAUUGCUGGAUCUAAGUGGAGAUGUAACUUUAAACUCAAAAGGGGAAAGUAAUCAUAUACAAGGGCCAUCAAAACAUAUAAUCAACUCAAAUAGAGAAAAUACAUUCCAAAAAUCGCAAGGACAAGAAAAAAUCUCCAUAAACGCACAAAUAGGAAGAGGUUCCUUCAAGAGAAAAAUCUCUGAUAUCAAACCGGAUGAUUCGGAUAAUCAUACCUCUACUGACAACUUUAACGUUUGGGGGAAGUUAUCUGGAGCUCUAAAUAGUAUUUGCGAUUUCCAUAAGGAUGAUAAUGAAAACAAAACCCAUUGCGAUAUUUACCUGACUAUCGGCGGAUAUAUUCUUCGUGGUAAACCAGCAAAUACUCGUGAUGGUGAACACUUACUGAUAAUGAGAAAAGUACCAAAUCAUUGUAGUUGCUUGUGCUCAUGUAGGAAUCAUAUAGAAGUUCCUGAUCAUACUACACAUCCCUCAUACUAUGAAAUAUGUGGAAUUAUAAACAAAAAGGUCGACUUUAAGGAACGUCCUUCCGUUGUGUACCAAACUCUAGACGAUUCUUUACCUGAUGAAGCUUACUUGUAUCCAUCAAAAAAUUCACAAUCUAAAUGGAUAAUUCUUACAGUUACUGAUGAAUUGCUAAACGAUAUUAUAGAUGAGAACGCGUACUUUAAGGAAGUCAGGAGUCAUAAAGGGAAAAAUGAAGUAAAAAAGGUUGUUCUAUGUGCCCGUAACGAGACUUUCUACAUAGAAAAGAUGGAGCUGGGUGGUACAAUUUUGUUGGUAGCCUCCGCAGAUACAAAUUUUGAAAGAAAGGACAGAAAAAAUCUGUUAACAAUUGUUGGAUCCUGUAAAUAUAUGUACAAUUUAAUAAGGGCUACUCCUAUAUUUGAUAGCCUCCCAAAAGACCAACUUACUUCAACAUCUUUGAUGACGGACAAGACCGCAAUUUCUGAUUCACAAAUAAUGCAAUUUCUUUUGAAUAAAUAUGAGGAGUCACCUUGCUAUUACAUAUACCAAACGGAUAAUAAGAUUAGAUAUAUGGGUGAGCAUUUCUUUGGAGAGGUUGCGAUAAGAUUGUUGCAAAUCAUUCCGAUUUAUUUCACAAAAAAUCCUCAACAUAAAAAGGCGCUAACCGAACUUACGGUUGGAUAUUUUUGGAAUAUAGUAAACGAAUAUUCAGAUAUAUUUGAAUUUAUCGAAUCGGAAUUGAUGAACAUUCCUACAAUCCUACAGUUACUGACGCGAAUAUGUGAUUUUGACGAACAAUUUGACCUUAAGGAAUAUGUAAGUGUAAUGAAAGAUGAAACUCAAUUAUUAAAUCUAACUGCGAAACUCAAUUUAUUUAAGAUUCAGAAGUUGAUUACAUGGUGUAUCACAACUGCAAGCCAUGAUACUGGUGUAAAUUUUAUUGAUAUGGUAUUUCAUAUUGAUAACAUUAUUUUCAACGAUUCUCUUCCUGGCUACAUAUUUGACGAACUUUUAAAAUAUCUCAUGGAAUACAAUUGUAAGGAUAAUAGUACCCUAGAUUAUAUUAACUGCGUCAAAUUUUAUUACGAAAACACGACAUUUAGUGACCUUACCGAAAAGAUACAUUCCUAUUGCGGUAUAGAAUCAAUUGAUGACAGAUUGGGGACACUAUAUGAUAAGAGUGGUCCAGAAUUAUUUAAAAUAAAUCGAAUUAUCAGUUCUAAAGUUCCUAAUUUGGAAAAAAUUCCAUGCCUUGACUAUGACAUAUUCAAAGGUAAUACGAGGGGACUAGCGCAGCUCAGGUUUAACUACUCUAUGAAUUCACUAUUAUCAGUGUGUCGUUCCCCGCUUUCAAUACACAUUUCCUGUUUGGCAAACAAAUUAGUAACAGCAAUAGAACCCAAUGGGUGCUUACUAAGAAUAUGCCAAACUCAAGAAGAUGAAGAUUUAAGGGAUUCGUUAUCAGCAUUAUUCAAAGUGAGGGAUGUAUGGCAUCUAGAAGAUCUGGAGUGUAAGUUAAAACGGUUUUUUAAGGAGAAAACAGCAAUAGACGCGAUAACAGGGGCACCUAAUCAUUAUGCCAGAUUGUGGAUAAAAUCGGAAAAAAAUAAUAAAAACACCGAAAGAAAUAAAGAUAGUUCGAUAUGGGAGAAAGAUUCGGAAUCUAAAAAGCAAAUAGAAGAGGAAUCAUAUAUGAUAAUCAACUGGAAUGUACCAUUACUCUAA